AUGCAUUAGAAUGCUUAUACGAAUAGCUUUACACAGAAAUUCAAUUUUAACUUAGGAGUGGAUUAAGGCUCUCUGCUAGAGCCCUUUCUUUUUGAUGUUUAUUUCGAUUUAUUAGUUGAUACACUUGAUAGACUUAUUUCAUAAAAUUAUUUGAAAUAGAAUAAGAAAAAACUUAAAGGAAUUCGGCACUGCAAAGACUUAAGGCUAAUAGAAUAUUUGCUUAUGCGAAUGAUAUUGCAAUUACAAUGUUUGACUUAUUUAUCUGUUGGUUUAUUAAAUUUUUUUUAGAAUGAGCUGAGAAGUUGGGUUUAUGGUGAAUAUAAGAUUUAGAUGAUGAGAAUUUUGAAAAAGGUUAAGAACUUUAUUAUGGAGUUUUUAUUUCACCUAAUAACAAUCUCACUAAACACAGGAGGCAGGUUAAGGUGAAAGUAACUUUUUUUUUUAAUCAAUUGAAAAUUUAAAUA